AUGCUUGAGUCUCAGAUCAACGAUGCCACGGCUUCAAACACCGAUGUGGAAAAGUCUUACGAGAAAGAUCAAGAUGUGCAGGUCGAAGUGAGCUCACCCAGUUCCAGGGGCCUUCGAUCCAUUCUGGCUAAGGCCAUAUCUGUGAGCCCUGUCGAAGCACGAGGAGUGAUGCCUGUACCUCUUGAAGAACGAACCUCGACGCGAUACGUGGGCUAUUUCUCUAUAUGGUUUUGCAUGAAUAUAAACCUAUUGCCGAUCACAUUUGGAAUGCUUGGUAGUACGGCUUAUCUCCUCAGUGUGCGGGACUGUGCACUCGUCAUUCUAUUCUUCUCCCUGUUGACGGCUGCAUUCCCGGCGUUCCUUGGUGUCCUUGGUCCAAAGACGGGCUUGCGGCAAAUGAUCCAAGCUCGCUACAGCUUUGGCAGAUAUCUUGUGUCGAUUCCGGUCAUCCUCAACCUAGCAACUCUCACUGGGUUCUGCGUUAUCAUCUGCGUCAUUGGUGGGCAGUGCUUGUCAGCAGUUACAGGCGGCUCCAUGACCCCUACUGUUGGCAUUGUCAUCGUUGGAUUGUUGGCCCUUGGUAUCUCCUUCUGUGGCUAUAACGUCUUGCACGGGUACGAACGCUACGCCUGGAUACCAGCCUUGUUAGCGAUCAUUGUCACAACUGGUUGUGGCGGAUCGCACCUCAAAGAGCAGAUACCCACAGAGCCUGCAACCGCUUCUUCGGUUCUAUCGUUUGGGAUGAUAAUUGCCUCCUAUAUGAUUCCAUACGCAUGUUUGUCAUCCGACUUCACAACAUAUUUAAAUCCGAAGUUUUCUUCAGUUCGUUUGUUCCUCUACGGGUACGCUGGACUGGUGAUCCCAUCAGUUCUGCUAAUGACCCUGGGAGCUGCUAUCGGAGGGGCCAUCACGAACGUGCCGGAGUGGGAAGAGGGUUACAACACAACAGCUGUAGGUGGUGUGCUAGCAGCAAUGCUUACGCCUGCUGGAGGAUUUGGGAAGUUCGUCGUCGUCGUCCUUUCCUUCACUAUGCUAGGAAACAUCGCGGCAACGAUGUAUUCCAUCACACUCAACUUCCAGAUGCUUGUCCCACAGCUAGUGGUUGUUCCGCGAUAUGUAUUCUCCGUUGUUAUAACGGCAGUUGUUAUCCCAGUGAGCAUUAAAGCAGCUGCGGACUUCUUUCUCAGUCUUGAGAACUUCAUUGCUCUCAUUGGAUACUGGAGUGCUGCAUUUGUGUCAGUUCUCACAGUUGAGCAUCUCGUUAUUCGCCGUGGCGUAUAUGGCACAUAUGAUCAGGGCGCUUGGAAUUCAGCAAAACAGUUGCCGUGGGGCGUUGCAGCCCUAGCUGCCAGUGCCUUGAGCUUUGGUCUGGUGAUCCCGAGUAUGGCACAAAUCUGGUGGACCGGCCCAAUCGCGGAAAGCGCAGGAGACAUUGGUUUUGAGAUGGCGAUAAUUGUAACCGCUGUUCUCUAUGUUCCCUUCCGUCUGCUAGAGAAGCGCGUCGCAGGUCGGUAG